CAACAACAGCGCGGCUGUUUACAGCAUUCCACGCAUUCAUACCAACGGAGCUCAUUCCCCCACUCUGCCAAAUAAGCGCUAUCGUUACCGAUUGAUUAGAUUGGCCUCUUCUUCAUGCACGCUGCGCCUACCUAAACACACAACGACCACCACGCUGUGAGAAGGCCUCACGUUAAAAACAACGCGCGUCCGUCUCCCGCCUUUUUACUCCCAACACGCCAUCACAGCAAUCACCGCACCUGCACGCCUCGCCAUGGAUUACGGAUAUUCGCCCAGCCGCGAGUGCGGCACCAUGCACCUACCUUCACCUACCCACCCGCACAGCUACCGCCUCGACGGAACCCACUUCUCUCACCUCCAGCAACUUCGCCGCUCUCUCUCACGCUCUCCCUCCAAACAGUCGCGCUUUCAAUUGCGCAAUCCCGCCGACUCACCGCGCUCGCCUCUCUCUCCUCUGGCACUUGCGCGCGCCUUCAGCCCCAAGACACACAAGCCCACGAGCCCUAUUGCGACGUAUCCUGAGUCACCGCUAGCCACGCAAGUCGUCCCAGCAAAAAAGAAGUUCUCACUGCGUCGCUCACAGCCUUUCCGCUCAUCACCGCGCACUCGCAACAGCAAUUCCAAAAGCCCCCGCCGUCGCGCCCUGGGCGACUCAACCGACGUCGCCAAUUCGACGACGCCUUGCAUGACGCGCCAGGCACCCGGACAGGAAAACACGCCCGCGCGCCGGCCCAGCGCGGACUCUCCGGACGGCAUGGAUAUGGACAGGCGACUCGGCGUAAACGACAAACCUAUCAAGUUUGAGUUUGCGCGUCGCCCCGAUUUAUCACCCGCGCCGCCCGCAAAGUCAAGCCCGCUCAAGCGCAACGACGGACUCAUGAACCUGAGUGGAGGAAACGGCACCAGCCCAGUCGCAAAGCGCAGGAGUUUGCACGGCGCAUCGAACCUCGGAAAUGACUUUGAGAGCAUAUUCGACCAAUACCCCGCCCCGCGCACUACCAUGGACGAGCCAACGCGAGUAUAUAACGACCUAAACACCAGUUUCUCGUUCAGCUCGCCCAUGAACAACACACAAUCUCCGCGUCGGACCACCUCACUUCGGAGAUCGACCUUGUCCCAGCGAGUCUCAAAUACGCCGCGCCAAAAGCCAGUGUACGAUGGCGAAUUCGCCGUCCCUGGUGCCGCUGCGUCCAAGUCACGGAACCGCAUGUCCUUGGACAGCUCCAUUGGCUCGACUUCGACCCCCGCACACACCCCAUUUCGGAAGUCCACGUUCGAUGCUGGGCGUAUGGGACUGCCACAGCCGUUCCGAGGCAGCAUUGGCGCUUCACAGCCACACCCGCUCUCCUAUGCGCAUACUCCGUCCUCAUCAACGUCUAGUGUGAACGGAGAUACGCCUAUGGCGCCCCCAAGGGCCCCUGCAUUCAAUGGCCCAGCAUAUGGCCCUCCUCCGACUCCUGUCGCAUCGAACCACCUGUUCUCGCGAUCAUUGCCGAUUGGAAUAGGACGACCUCACGCCUCAGAUUCUGAGCACUCUUCGCAGGAUUCGUUCGACACACCGUUCAAGGUCGUUGCGCCCCCGCCGGUUGCAUUCUCGACAGGACUCCUGUCGAAGAAGAACCGAAAUGUGGACGAGCCAGCAGCGGGUACCGGCAUAUAUAUAAUGCCCGAUACUCCUUCGAAGCGCCAGUCUUACCCUCCUGCUGCCGCAGAUAGGACAGAGAAUCUAGACACGCCACUAGUCAAGCGAACAGGCAGUCUGUUUGGUGAUGCUGCACGACCACAGCAUCAGUUUGGCACUCCGAGCACCCCCUUUAGUGCCAACGUGUCGAAGUUCACAAUGGAGGCUUUUGGUAAGCGACCGAGCAUCUUCGGUAAUGUAGGAGAUUCGCUCCAGCGACGCGGUAGUUUUGUCAGUAUCGACGGUGAUGGCGAUGACGAUGCUCAGCCCGAGUCACAGUCCCCGACAGCCAACCGGAUGGCGGACAGCCAAUCGAGUGUGGAUGACAUGCCGCCUACGCCCACAAAACCCAAUGGUGGAUCGAGCCGCCGCUCCAAGGAGAGUAGCUUGCGGCGUAAGACGUUCCGCCACCGCCCAUCCAUCAGUAACGACACAUUCGCUGCGCCAGAGGACGAUAGUCGACCAACCACGGGAAAUCUCUUCGGUGGAUCGUCACCCCAGACCCCGAAUGAAUUCUUCGCUGCCCCAGAUGCCAGCAGGCUCUCGAUCUCGGGUAACCGAAGGGAAUCUCUACCAUUCAAUAGCAGUCUAGGCUACUUCCCACCAGCGACGCCAACAACUCCCCGUGACGGGUCGAGUUUCUUCAGCAGCGUGCAAGGUGCCAUCCCAAUCGGACUAACUAAGAACGAUGUCGACGAGGCUUUGAGCUCCCGUUUCCACGAGAUCAAGCUUCUCGAUGGCGGCGAAGGCGAGUUUUCUCAAGUCUACCGUGUUAGCAAGCCUAUCAAGGCGUCGCCGGGGAGGUCACCCGCUGGAAGCCAAGUGUGGGUCGUCAAGAAGUCGAAGAAGCCGUACACUGGCGCGGGCGAUCGUAACAGGAAGAUGCGCGAAGUUGACAUACUUUACGCUCUACAAGGCAACGAGCAUGUCAUGGGGAUUAAGGCCCAUUGGGAGUUUGACUCCCAUCUGUAUAUUCAGACAGAGUACUGCGAGGGUGGCAACCUCCGAAAAUAUCUCGACACUGUUGGCUUCAAUAGCCGUCUCGAUGAUUUCAGGAUCUGGAAGAUACUCCUGGAAUUGUUAAUGGGCUUGAAGUUUAUACACGACUCGGGAUAUAUCCACCUCGACCUCAAACCUGCGAACAUUCUCAUCGAUUUUGAGGGUGGGCUGAAGAUUGCUGACUUUGGUCUGGCUAGCGCAUGGCCCGCACCGAGGCACAUUGACGGCGAGGGCGACCGCCACUACCUCGCGCCCGAGGCGCUCAGUGGUCGAUUCGACAAACCCGCUGACGUCUUCGCUCUCGGCAUGAUGUUGGCUGAAAUUGCCGGCAACUGCGUCAUUCCUGAGAAUGGCGUAUAUUGGCAAAAGCUUCGGUCUGGCGAGUUCGACAAUGUGCUUCCAAGCCUGACUUGGAGCGCAGACAGCAGUACCUUGAGCCGGGAUUCCAACGGCGACCCGGUUUCUGAGUCAGCGAGGCCCUCCAUGGACGGCUUUCUCAUGUCCGAUGCUGAUGCUGAUUCGCUGUCCUCGAUUUCGAUCAAGCAAUCGUCGAACCCUGAAGAGGAACUUGCCCGAGCACCAAAUUUCAUGGUCGAGCGUGCCGACCCCAACUCCAUGGACCACGUCGUUCAUGCAAUGCUGAACCAGAACCCAGACCUGCGACCGACAGCAGAGCAAGUUCUUCAGUGCUUCGGCUGCCAAUGGGUUGAUUCGAGGCGACGAGCCGGUGCCACGGUGUACGAGGGCAACUUUGGACCAGGCGACGAGAUCCUUGCCACGUACGAGUGCGAGCAGCAGUAUGAUGAGAUUCAUGCUGACGACUUUAUGGACAUGAGCUGAGCGCCUAGAAUGAGCCGCCCACACCAUCAUCUCUUCAGUCAGCAUCGCCCUCAUCUCCUCUGAUGUUAUACUCCAUGUCGCAUCGUUAUCCUCUCGACUUUCUUCUGUCUGGGCACUUCGUGUAGUACUUCAGACAUUUGUCUUGGGUACGACGUGCAUUUGCAGCCAUUUCUCGAAAUGUUUCGCGAUACAUGAAGGCCUUGGCUUUGUUUUAUGUCAACCUUGUUUCUAAGG